AUGGUGUUUUCCUGGAGAGGAGGCCCAGGAGCCCCGCGACUGCUGCUGUCGCUUCUGCUCCUUGCAGCUGGGGAAUCCGGGAGCUGCCAGGUCCACUACUCGGUCCCGGAAGAGGCCAAACACGGCACCUUCGUGGGCCGCAUCGCCCAGGACUUGGGGCUGGAGCUGGCGGAGCUGGUGCCACGCCUGUUCCGGGUGGCGUCCAAAGGCCGCCGGGACCUUCUGGAGGUAAAUCUGCAGAAUGGCAUUUUGUUUGUGAAUUCUCGGAUCGACCGGGAGGAGCUGUGCGGGCGGAGCCUGGAGUGUAGCAUCCACCUGGAGGUGAUCAUGGACAGGCCGCUUCAGGUUUUCCACGUGGAGGUGGAGGUGAAGGACAUUAACGAUAAUCCACCAGUGUUCAGAGAAGAAGAACAAAAGGUACUGAUUUCUGAAUCUGCACCGCUGGAUUCUCAUUUUCCUCUAGAGGGCGCUUCCGAUGCGGAUAUAGGCGUAAACUCUCUUCUGACCUAUAGGUUAGGUCUAAAUGAGUAUUUUACUCUUAAAAUAAUAACGAAAAACGAUAAAAGUAUAUUGCCUGAACUAGUUCUACGGAAGUCAUUGGAUAGAGAGGAAACUCCAGAACUUAAUAUAUUGCUGACCUCCCAGGAUGGCGGUAAGCCCGAGCUAACAGGAUCUGUUCAGAUUAAAAUAAGCAUUUUGGAUGUGAAUGACAACGCUCCGGAGUUUGACAAGCCUGGCUAUAAAGUAGUGCUGUUUGAAAAUGUCCCAAACGGUACGAGAGUGAUACAGCUAAACGCUUCUGAUCUAGACGAAGGGGUGAAUAGAGAAAUUUCCUAUGGAAUCAGACUGAUUUUGCCAGUGAGUGAGAAAUGCAUGUUUUCAAUAAAUCCAGAAACAGGUGAAAUCAGAAUUUACGGGAAAUUGGAUUUUGAAGAGAAUAUUGAGUAUGAAAUUCAGGUUAACGCCAUUGAUAAAGGGAUUCCUUCCAUGGCAGGUCACUGUACAGUCCUAGUGGAAGUUCUGGAUCUGAAUGACAAUACCCCUGAGGUAAUGAUCACUUCGCUGUCGCUCCCCAUGAGAGAGGAUGCUCAGGUGGGCACUGUCAUCGCCCUGAUCAGCGUGUCCGACCGUGACUCUGGCGCCAACGGGCAGGUGACCUGCUCACUAACUCCCAACGAGUAUUUCGCUUUGGACACACAAAACAAUCGUGAAGAAAUGUCUUCGUUGUCACUUGUAUUGAGGAAAUCACUGGACAGAGAGCAAAUUCAGGAGCAUAGCUUAUUAUUGACAGCCAAUGAUGGGGGUAAACCGGAGCUGACCGGUACAGUUCAGUUGCUGAUUACAAUUUUGGACGUGAAUGACAAUGCCCCAGAAUUUGACCAGUAUAUUUAUAAAGUGACAGUGUUAGAGAACGCAUUUAAUGGAACAUUAGUGAUUAAGCUAAAUGCCACAGAUCUUGACGAUGGUACGAAUGGAGACAUAAUCUACUCAUUUAGAAAGCCUGUAUCGCCUGCGGUGUUGCAUGCAUUUAUCAUAAAUCCCAACAAUGGGGAAAUUAGAACAAGAGGUAAACUAGAUUUCGAAAAAAAGAAGUUGUAUGAAAUAUCGGUGGAGGCAAUAGACAAGGGGAAUAUUCCAAUGGCAGGUCAUUGUACCGUUUUGGUAGAAAUACUAGAUAUAAAUGAUAACACCCCAGAAAUUACCAUCACUUCUCUGUCGCUCCCCGUGAGAGAGGAUGCUCAGGUGGGCACUGUCAUCGCCCUGAUCAGCGUGUCCGACCGUGACUCUGGCGCCAACGGGCAGCUCGCCUCCCCUCAGGGAAAUCCCCUGGUUGUAGGGUGCAAGACGAAAUCUGGAGAUAUUUUUUGUAGCUCGGAGAUGUUUUUCAUAGAACUGAUCAAUAUCCCUAUUUCCCUUCAGGGGACCCGCCUAAAAACGAAAUUGGAGAACCUUCGAAGGCGUGGUCAUUCAGGGUCCCGAUACCACCUCUCGCCGCCACCGCCCGGCGGUUUUUCUGGGAGUUCCGCUCUCCUCGCGGGCACUGUAGGGGUUCCGGGGGUCCGAGCGCCCGGCACUAGACGUUCCGCGAAACGCCGUUCGAGGGAAGAUGUGUUAGUUUCCCCGAGCGUCUUCCUUGCCCCGCCCGGCCGCCGGGACUUUGGAGAGAUCCCAGCAAGCGGGGAAUGGAGACGGCACCUCCCUAGCCCGAGCCGUUUACCUCGUCUCUGCACCCCUAGGCGGCGCUGCGCUCCUCCGCACCCGCAGCUCCGCUUCCCCAGACGGCUGCCAAAGCUCCAGUCCGGCGAGCAGUGCUUCCAGCCCGCCAGCCCCCGGCAAUUCCAGUAUAUUCAGGAGGCCGAACGUCGGCGAUCUGUGUCCCUCUAG